AGAGGGUUCUAGGUGUGCCUGGAGAGGGAGCAACUAUAAACAAGAAUCCAGCACCCCAUGUAUUAUCUUCAGUUAGGCAAACACUAGGGAUAAGCAGCAGUGAAACAAGGAUUACAGUGAUUGAGGAAAUCGUGAAGAAAGAAUAUGGUAGGGCAAUGACCAAGGCGGAAUCUGAUGCUUUCAAGGUUGCCUAUGUUAUAUGUGCAGUUACAUAUGUUCUCGCGCCAUCGUUGAAGCACAACUACUUCCUGACGGAAUACUGGGGAGGUCUGCACACCCCUGAUCUCAUACACAUGUACAACUGGGGUAAGUAUGUCCGGGAGGAAGUGCUUCUAUCAGCUGGGAGGGUCAAGUCAGAGCUCCUUGGGGGCAAAGUUAAAUCAAACAUUUCUGGUUGCACUUUCUUCAUUCAGGUGUUCUAUCUGGACAAUCUUGAUCUUGAGGACGAGAACCUACCACACGACGUCUUCCCAAGAUGCAAGGUCUAUGAUCAGAAAAAGAUUAACAUGGUUAUUGAAAAGGACACAAGCACAGGAAAAAACGCAGAUAUUGUUAUAUACGGACUACUUCUGCCAAGGCCGGCGCACACAGUGUGCUAUAGCAGGAACAGAGCUUCAAUGUCCUUCAUUAGCAAGAUUGCUGAUAUCGGAGCCGGGUCAAGCAGAUAUCAAAGAGCACCGAUGAUCGAGGAGAUUGUUACUAUACUUGUGGAAAAAGUGGGCCAAUAUUCAUCUAGAUGCCGAGCAGCGUUGCAAGUGGCUUCUAAGAAAGGGGCAAAGAUAAACAAAAAGCACGCGGAUGGGUGGGAUGGUGUUGUGAGGGAGACUGGAAAUUUCAUUGAAGAAGAGACCUCUAAGAUUCUUGCAGAUAUUGAUGAAAUAUCAGAUACUGUAAGGCAGAACAACAAAAGGCCAAGGGAACAAGACUACCAAGGUGAUGAUGUCUCACCUGAAGAGUCCGGAGAAGAGUCGCCAUUUUCACCACGUUCGGCCAUUUGUCCUGCGAAUACAGAUAAUCGGAAUGUAGAUGCUGGUAAUCCUAGCCAUAGGUCAAAUGACAAUCAACGGGGUGGUUCCCCGAAAAGAGCAAGGGUCGAAGAGACAGAGGAGGAUCCUGACCCGGCGAUUAAGAAUCUGGAAGAACUGGUCGCGGCAGCAGACCAAGACAAUGAAAGGUUCCCUCAUAUGACCUCGGAAUAG